AUUGAAGACGAAGGCAAGCACGGUAAUGAUGAUACCAGAAUGUUUGUUCUGUCAUCACUUGCUGCUCAUAAGAAGACGCACAUGACAUGCAUUUUGUGCAAAGAAAUGAUGUUGGUGUAUGAUCGAUAUCCGCUGGUUGACGGCACUUUCUUUUUGAGUCCAAUUCAGCAUUCAAAAGAAUGUAUUGAGACGAAGUUCGAAGGACGAAGCUGUUAUUUGACAUCCGUCUGUUUGGAGUGUCUCGAAGGAACCAUUCCUGAAAAAAUUUUCCGUUGUCGAUUCUGUACCGAGAAAUGGGAUGGAUCGGCACUUUUAAUGGGCACCAUGUACUCCUUUGACAUCUUUGCUGCAAUGCCCUGCUGCACAGAGCGCUUAAAGUGCAACAAUUGCUUCAAGUUGCUUUUGCAUCCACAUCAACGUUUAAACUUCUUCAGUGAUUACAGUCAUUCAGUCACCUGUCCAUACUGUCAAUCGCAAGACACUCAUUUCAUUAAGCCGUUGAACUACUGUUACACCGACAAACCUCUUCAGCAAUUUCAGCAGUGGCCAUGACAUGAGGCCACGUUGGAUUCUCCAAAAUCUUCGGCAUCGCCAAAAAUCGGAAGCAGCAAUGAAUCCGGUUAUUUGUCGUUGACGAAUGGAGAAUCUAACGUGACAAGCAAGACAAGUUCCAUUUGGGGCGAUAAAUCAUUGUGGAACUUAUCAAAUAGUCCCAAUUCAACUUCAUCAAUGCAUACAGCAAACGGCAGUAUGUGCAGCAACGAUGGUAAAGAUUCAUUCUGGAAUUCAAAUCAAUCAUCACCAAAUUUAUCGUCAUCACAAUAUAACAACCUCAACUCUCUGUGGGGUUGUUCACCAAUAAAGAACGAUGCUCAUGAAGAGUCACUUGGAUCGAUUUGGAACAUUCCCUCGACAUCUUCACCAAUCUUAAAGACAGCUGAUGGUACUUUGGAAGCACCACUACCACCGCCUAUAAGCUUCAGUCACAAAUCUCAACCACAAUUGUUGAGACCACAAGAUAUUGGUGGAAGUGUAUGGAAUGGUAUGGCAAACAAUAACAACAACAACAACAAUGCGAUCAAUAACAGCAAUAACAACAACAUUAACAGUAGUAAAGUGAAGGAUCAAGUUGGUUCCCUGUGGGCACAUCCAACACCACCUAAUUUGCCACUCACGUUACAAGCUCAAAAUUAUAAUUUGCCGUCGAUAAACAGUAAGUUUCAAUCGCCUAUAAAACCCAUGGGAGUUGCACCACCAAAUGGUUUAUGUAAUGGUUAUCCGAACCAACAACAACAGAUGGGAGCACAACAACUCUCACAAGGCUCUACCUCAUGCAACAUGCAACUCUUUUCCGAUGAAUUCCUUACUUACUUAAACAUGAUCAACUAGUUUAAUUAUCAUUUAAAAGAAUUUAAAAAUCCGAGAAAGGGAAAAACAGAAUAAGUUUACAUUUAUAUUGAAUUGUUGAUUAGUUUUUAUUAUUUUAUUUUCCAUGGAGUGUCGUUGUCAUCUCCACCCACACAUCUUAUAUUAAUUAACCUCAUCUUUGAGACAAAAAAAAGCUUUUCUUUCAUUAUUGUGAUUUAAAUAUUUUUUUUUAAUUUCUUUGAAGGUAGAAGAUAAAAAUUAUUUCAAUGUAAAUAAUGCGUGUACAUUUCAGUGUAACAAUUAAGUUUGAUGAUAUAAGAUAUCAUGAUGGAUUUACCUUAUUUUAGGAAAUUGUUACACAUUUUUUUACUCAAAUGAUUCUUUACUUAAAUUUUAUUGUAAUCU